AUGGCGCCCCGCGGACGUCCAAAGGGUUGUCCCCACGACUCCAUCCUCGUCGAAGCUUCCGAGUACGGCCGCAGGAAAGCCGGCUUCGUCCGCGUCCCGGCCGGGAAACGCAUCGCAGCGAUGGAGCCGUCCGUCAGGGCCGCCGCCAACUCCGCAACGACCGACGCCGUCGACUCCGCGCCGGACCCCUCCACGUUCCCGGGCCCGCUCGUCCUCCCCGACGACGACCUCGCGCUAGACCCGCGAAGUGCGCCGCAGAGCGCGCGGUCGUGGGCAAAGGGGCGCUGGCGGAAUCCGAUCAAGCCGGAGAGGAAAACGCUGUACGUUGCCGACGUCCCCGCCAUCGGCGAGGACGCGGCGUUUAUGGCGGCGUGGGCCUCUCCCGACCUCUCCGGGGCGAAGACGCCGCCCAUCGCGGCGGACAGGCUGGAGCUCCCCGAGGUCGAGCACGUGAGGGGGUACAUUGCCGCGUUCUACCACCCACUACCGGUGAAGCGUCUCCCGGCGGCGCUACGGUUCGUCAAGUGGGAGAACGGCGGGAAGCGAUCACUUGCAAGCAGGAGGCUAAAGGGGACCGCGAUGGUCGGCCUGGAGACGGGGGAUGGGUCGGUGGUGGGGAUCCGAACGAGGCCAGUGCCGGACGGCCUGGCGCGGAUGCAGCUCAACCUGUGCGACCUGCUCGACGCGCUGGCGGCAGUGCUGCCGGCGGAUGCGUACGCCGCUUGCAUGGUCGUCGCACAGGACCUGUACGAGGACGACGACGACGACUUCUGCUGCGGGCGGGCGUUUGGCGGGAGCCGGAUCUGCGUGGUUUCGGGGUUCCGGUACCGGCCGCUGCUGGACGAUGUCCAGGGGGUGGAGAGGGAGCACAUGUGGCCGGCGUCGCACUGCGAGAGGUUCGUGGUUGAGGCGGUGGAGUGGUGGGAGGAGCAGGACGCCGCCGAGGGCGACGAGGGCGAAGGGGCUGAGACGGAGAAGGGGACGAAGAUGAGGGGCAAGGGUGGUGGUGCCGAUGAUGGUGGGGAGAUCACGAUCGGUCUGAAGCAGUUGAAGGACACGGCGAUGGGUGCCGCCGUCAAGGCGUCGAGGGCUGUCCUGGUCCCGAGGUCGGCCCCGAAGCGCUCCCGGGACGAGGACCUGGAGGGACUGUGGUUCGCCCGGGUCGCGAGGACGGCGGCGCACGAAAUCGGCCACUGCCUCGGGAUGGGCCACUGCGUGUACUACGCGUGCGUUAUGCAGGGCACCGGCGGACUGGGGGAGGACGCGCGGCAGCCACCAUACCUCUGUCCCGUGUGCGAGGCCAAGGUGGUCUGGGGCCUCGGCGAGAUGGGUGUCGUCGAGGGCUGCCGGGCCGGGACGUGGCGGGAGGGCAGGCGGAGAUCGGUGGAGCGGGAGAGGAUGGAGGCCAUGAGAGGGUUCUGCGAGCUGUGGAAAGGGGUGGGCAUGUUUGCCGGGUACGCGGGCUGGUUGGAUGCGAGGUUGAAGGGGGAGUUUGGGACCCGGGAGGUGGGGGUGAUUGACUUGACGGAGUAA